GGUGUGUGUCUGUUACCUAGAGAAAGACUUCUCGACCUUGAGUAUGCGGAUGAUAUUGUCUUACUGUGAGAUAAUGCCCAAGGCAUGCAAUUCGCACUUAAUCAGUUGGCAAUCAGCGUCCGUAGGUAUGGUAUGUGCUUUGCACCUUCGAAGUGCAAAGUACUUCUACAAGACUGGCAGGAUUCUAAUCCUGCAGUCAUCCUGGAUGGUGAGCAGAUUGAAGUAGUCGAGAAGUUCGUGUAUCUGGGUCGCUGCAUAAGUGCUGGUGGUGGCAUGAGUGAUGAGAUCAAUGGACGUAUAGUGAAAGCCAGAGCGGCUUACACCAAUCUGGGCCAUCUUUGGCGCCUUCGUGAUGUUAGUCUGACUGUAAAAGGUCGAAUCUACAACGCGUCAAUGAGAGCAGUUUUGCUCUAUGCUUGUGAAACCUGGCCUCUCGGAGUUGAGGACGUUAGACAACUUUCUGUGUUCGAUCGUCGCUGUCUCCAAAGGACUGCUGACAUCCAGUGGCAACACCAUGUUAGUAAUGCAGGGGUUCGGCAUCGUAUGUUUGGGCAAAGAGACGAUAAUGCAAUUGGUGUCACCAUCCUGAAACACCGACUUCGGUGGCUUGGACAUGUUCUACGAAUGUCGUCCCAGAGAAUUCCACGUUGUGGAUUAUGUGCCGACGCUGGGACUAGUUGGAAAAGGCGGAGAGGUUGUCAAUGUAUGACAUGGUGUCGUGGCAUGAAAAAAAUAUGCAAAGGGCUGGCUUGUGUUCGUCCUUCACGACUCCCUGGUUGGGGUCCGAGAGAUGGUGCUAAACAGUGGCUAGUGACGUUAUCAGAUAUGGCUCAGAAUAGAAGCCAGUGGCGAUCCUGCUGUAACCCUCUUUUACUUUCUUCGUAAAAAGUGGUUGCUUCUUCCUUAAGUGAAAUAUUUCUUCUGAUUGUACCUUUUCGUUCCCCCCAUUAUCAUUACUAUUACACUACCUU